AUGUCUAACUCUACUCCUCCUUAUUCAGAGGUGCCAAAGAACCAGGAGACAUAUGGUGUUUUAACUCCCCGUCCGUCUGUGACGUUACCUGUCAACUCCUACAGUUUAUGUCCAACUGAAGUGAAAUUUGGUGGAUUGUCCUUCCAUAAAUUUGAUGACUGGUACAUUACAAUAGCUUUUCCAGGUAGUUUUGCACGUUCGGAACAGACUAGUUUCUACAACGAUGGCAAACAGGUGAGGAAUGAUCUGGCUGUACAUAUAGCAGUGUCGAGAUGGCCAGAAGAAGUUCGCCAACAAUUGAAGGAAGCAGACAGGAAAUGGUUCAGAACCGACAAGCCACUUUCACAGACCUUGGUGAAGUCUCUUACGAAACACAAAGAGAUGCAGAAAUACGUUAGAGAAGGAAUUUCUGUCCUGAGUAACAAUGGUGUUCAGGCCUUCAAGAAAAAACUGAACCAAUGGAUGAGUGAGGAAGGAGUUGGGAAGUAUAGAAAAGGCACAUCUUCCGAGGCUUCAUCUACCAGCAGUGUUCCAGUUGUGAGUGAAUCUGCUGUUGAAACAAACCAAGUUUUCAAGAGCAAGUUUAAUGUUGGUGAUUUGGUCAUGGCUAAAUGGAAUGAUGGCAAUAUGUACGAAGCGAAAAUAAAAAGAGUAGAAAUUGUGUAUCAUGUGCAGUACCUUGAAGAUAAUGUGCAAAAGAAGGUGUCAGAGGAUGACAUAGCGGAGAAGUAAAUUUCCAGAGAAGACAACUGCUAAAUGACAUUUAUAUGGUCAUUUCCGUACCCAUGUGCUUAUUCAGAGAUCUAGAACAUUUAGCUAUUUUUUUCAGUUAAAGUUCUACUUUUAUAUUGACAGCUACAUUUAGUCCUCAUUUUAAAAAUUGUCUCCAUCAGAAUGCAAAACAUGUAUAUUUUUAUGUGAAUAAAUAUUAUUGGCUAAGUUUAUGAUAAAUUAAAUGCUCGGCUCAGGCCCCAUUACAGAAAAAAAAAGUGGAUUGAAUUAGUUGCUGGUGAACUUUCAGUAUUUUCCAAAUAUAAUGUGAACUAUGAAAGGAUAACUGCAUCUUUAAUAUUUUUGGUAUUUACUGUGUUUGUACUUUUGUCAGUUCCAUGUAUAACGAGUAAGUGCAAGAAUCUGGUUUAAGAUAUAAUAUAUCUCGUUUAGUGAUUUGUCGCUGAAAAAAUUAUUGCUUGUAGUUCAAAUAUGAAGGAAUUAUUAUACGCAUCUGAACGACAAACAGUGAUAUUAUUCAAGAGCAAAUCUCUACAUGAGAUAUAUUAUUUUGAUUCUUAUAUGUUACCAAUGAUUUUAUUAAAGUACAUCCUUGACAGCAUCCAUUAAAUAUUUGCUUGUUUUCAACCGGUUUGUAUUCCAACACGCCGCUUUGCAGUGUUACGUCAGAACAAUGAAUGUUGUAUAAAUAAAUCACUAUUUAGCCUUCUUUGUUUAAUAGGAAAAUGAAUUGGGCAUUGUUAGAAUAAUUCAAGCUGUAUGUUUACAUUC